CCAAUUUCCUUCCCCGAUUUUCUCACAGCUUGACACGACCCACACCAUCCCUUCUUCCUUCCUUUGCUCAUCAGAUUUUCCCGAGAAAAUCAAAGAGAGAGAAACACCUCAACCCCGAGAGAGAGAGAGAGAGAGAGAGAGAGAUGGACGGAUACGCGAGGGUGGGCAAGUUGGAGAAGGACCUAGAGCUCGGAAAUGGGGAGACGCUGUACCCGGGCCUGAGCUACGGCGAGAACCAGCUCCGAUGGGGCUUCAUCCGCAAGGUGUACGGGAUCCUCGCCGCGCAGAUCGUCCUCACCACCGUCGUCUCCUCCGUCACCGUCCUCUACGCCCCCGUCAACGACCUCCUCCGCGGGAACUCCGGCCUCUUGCUCUUCCUCAUGUUCCUCCCCCUCCUUUCGUUGUGGCCUCUUCACAUUUAUCAGCAGAAGCACCCAUUGAACUUUGUCUUCCUCGGUCUCUUUACCUUGUCACUGAGCUUCACUGUUGGUGUCAGCUGUGCAAAUACCGAUGGAAGAAUUGUCCUUGAAGCCUUGAUUUUGACCUCAUCAGUGGUUUGUGCCUUGACUGGAUACACUUUCUGGGCUUCUAAGAAGGGCAAGGAUUUCAGCUAUCUUGGUCCAAUCCUCUUUACCGGCCUCAUUGUUCUCAUCAUGACUAGCUUCAUGCAGAUGAUGUUCCCGGUUGGCCCUACAUCAGUGGCCAUCUAUGGUGGAAUAGCUGCUGUCAUCUUCUCAGGGUACAUUGUUUAUGACACCGAGAACUUGAUCAAGCGCUUUACCUACGAUGAGUACAUUUGGGCAUCCGUCACUCUUUAUCUGGACAUCCUGAACCUGUUCCUUACCAUUUUGAGGAUGCUGAGGCAGGGAGACAACUAGAUGUACAUUUGACUUCUCCGCAGCAGCACAACUAUGUACUUAUGCUGGGGACCCGUAAAUUGGGAGGAUGUACUUAUGUUUACAUGUUCUACUUUAGCUGAGAGUUAUGGGGUCUCUCUCUGGAUUAAGUGGUUGGCUCCCUUUCUUUAUAUCCUUGUUCACUCUGCAUGACCGGAAUUGAUAGUCAAAAUGCGUGCUAUCUUCAGGUUGUCUUGUCCCUGUUUUGAGUUAAAAAGUACAUGUUGCACUCUGGAAUUUGCUACUCUCUCUAUCAAAUAGUGUGAUUUGCGGUUUCGCUCUUG